UAAUACGAUUGUCAUUUCCUGUCUACACCGCGUGUAAAAUUUCUUUUCUAUUGCACUACUGUCAGACUCAGCUGGUCUUAAGUGUGUUGUAAGAUGCAGAUCUUCGUUAAAACCCUUACGGGUAAGACCAUCACUCUUGAGGUCGAACCAUCGGAUACUAUCGAAAAUGUCAAAGCCAAGAUUCAGGACAAAGAAGGAAUUCCUCCAGAUCAACAACGUUUAAUCUUCGCUGGCAAGCAAUUGGAAGAUGGUCGUACUCUGUCCGACUAUAAUAUUCAAAAGGAGUCCACCCUGCACUUGGUGCUCCGCCUCCGUGGUGGUGCCAAGAAGCGCAAGAAGAAGAACUACUCCACUCCCAAGAAAAUCAAGCAUAAGAGGAAGAAGGUCAAGCUAGCGGUCCUGAAAUACUACAAGGUUGAUGAGAAUGGAAAAAUCCAUCGCUUGAGACGCGAGUGUCCUGGAGAAAAUUGUGGUGCUGGCGUCUUCAUGGCAGCCCACGAGGACCGUCAUUACUGUGGCAAGUGCAACUUGACCUUUGUGUUCAGCAAGCCUGAAGAGAAGUAAUGUCAUGUUGGUCACGCAUCAGCUUUGAAAAUGUAAUUUAAUAAAAGUACAUCUUUAAUACAAAUAA